AUGACAGAACAGAAGAGAUUUGGACAGAUCCGCGAGAGAAACACCACCCAUGAACGUGCCCUGUUCGCGGCAGGCAUCGCGAUCCACGAGAUCGUGGCGUUGAUUGGCAUCGUCACGUAUCGCAACGAGAGCUUUGACUUCGCGUGGAACUUCUACUGCAUGAAGACCCACUCCGUCACGAUGAAGUGCGUGAUGCUCGACAUGCAGGGCAACCAGGCAGGGAUCCACGCCUAUGACGAGCUCUGGGCAGCGCUCGAAGAACUGACCGUCAGGCUGCUUUUUCAACUCAGGAUGGCGAUCCGCGUCAAGGCGAUGGCGCCGAUCACCUUUGAGGAAGACCAGACUGCCGAUCUCGAACCGGCCGAGGACCUGCAAAAAGCCAGGGUCUACCUCGCGCGCAUCAGAGAGCCGCUCGUGAACUCGGGCAGCCUCAAAUCAAAAGAAGCAGAUAACCUGGAGGUCUUGCUCUCCGCGUCCAUGACAGAGUGGCUCAAACGAGCUUUCGGAGAGGGCAUGGCCAAGGCUCUCGUCAGGUUGAACCCAGCCGACAUCGAUGCGCAAGGCGUCCUCGUUUCGAAGAUGCUCGAGUCGUCACUCUACGAAAGCGACGAGCAGCCCAACGUGACACGAGACAUGAAAGCACUCACCAUCAAGGAACCCUGGGCGUCGGCCAUCGUGCAUGGCACCAAGAACAUCGAGAACCGCACCUGGCUACGGGAGAACAUGAUCGGAGAGGUCAUCGCGAUUCACGCCUCGAAGACGAGCGCCGACGAACUCUCUUACGAGAUUUGUCGGGACAUCGCGCAUUGCUUCCCCGAGGGGCCACAUGAUCCCGCGCUCGAGGCGCCGGGGUGCAUCAUCGGGACGGCGAGGAUCGUCUCCAUCCUCAGCGAGGGCGAUGAGGAGGACUGGAUCGACCCCGCGCUCUGGCCAUGGUUCGAGGGUCCCUAUGGGUACGUGCUCGACGAGAUCGAGGCGCUCGCCAAGCCGAUCCCGUGCAAGGGCGCGCUGGGCUUCUGGGAGGUCGACGCCAACGUCCUGGCCGAGAUGCAGGGUACGCCGGUCGCUGUGGCUGGGGAGCGUACGCGCGUCGUGUGCAAGACAGACGAAAGCUACACCGUGCGCAUCACGCGCGGCACCUACAAGCACCCGAACAAGUGGGGCAACCCGCACCGGCUCGCGUCGCGCGCGCCGAUCCAUGAGGUCGAGUGCCUGCUCGCGCACGCCAGGCACCUGGAGUCGAGCGGAUUGAUCGACGAGGUGCACGAGCUGCGAGGCGAGGUCCUGGGGUGUGUCUGCGCGCCGAAGCGAUGCCACGGGGACACGCUUGCGAGCCGAGAGGAAGCGAUCACCGAAGCGCUCUUCGCGCUCGUGCGUGAUGGGUGGCUCGAGGAAGACACAGGUUUUCUCAAGGUGGACCUCGGGAGACAGGGAGAGCCAGCUACGCAUGCCAAGUUUGCCGGCGACCUGUCCUCGAUCAUCGAGUCGCGCCUCCUCGAUGAUCCGCCUGAAGGGGCAGAGCACCCUCACACACCGGAACAAGCCAGGCGCCUCGAUGAGAUGAUCCAGACCACGGUCGCGCAGUGGGAGAAGCAAGAGGGCAUCGACCUUGGCUGGUACGAUGUCGUGGAGCGCGAGACGGUCAUCGCCAAGGUGUGGUGCAAGGAUGGCAGGCUCGAGCACUGGGAGGAGACUUACUCCGGGACUGUGAGCGUCGACGCAGCUCACACGACUAUUUGCGGCAUCGACGCGCAGAUCGCCGGUGGUGGCGCGGUGCUCUUUGAUUGCCCGCUCCCGAUCAGCGCGCUCGCCGAAUUGAGCGUGGAGUAUCCAGGCCAUGUCUUUGAUACAGGGCUCGCGCAUGCGUACGGCGUGCGCUUCUUCUUCGCCUUCGAGGUCGUGGCCAACGAGCACCGCGAACAGGUCGCGCGAAAGCUCGAGCAGCGCUGGUCUGAUCCCAUCGAGCGUUGGCCGCGCGGUACGAGCACCGGGAAAUCCUCGAUGACACUCUACAAGACGUUGCGUGAGGAGAAUUGCACCAUGAGCACGGGAACAAAGAUCGAAUGGACGGACGAGACCUGGAACCCGACGCGCGGCUGUCGGCGCGUGUCUGAGGGAUGCCGCAACUGCUACGCCGAGGUCACGGCGGCGCGUUGGUGUGGCGAGGGCAUGCCAUACGAAGGGGUCGCGAAAAUGACCGAGAAGGGAGCUCGCUGGACAGGGGAGGGGAUGUUCGUGGCGUCGGCGCUCGAUGAUCCGCUUCGCUGGACGCGCCCGAGGCUCAUUUUCGUGAACUCGAUGUCGGAUCUGUUCUUCGACGCUUUUAGCUUCGAGCAGAUCGCGGCCAUCUUCGGCGUCAUGGCAGGCGCCACGAAACACACCUUCCAGGUCCUCACGAAGCGACCGUCGCGCGCCAGGGAGUUCUUCGAUUGGCUCGCGGCGGAGUGCUACGAGGGCUUCAAGGAGGUGCGCACCACACAAGGUGUGCUCGAGCUCCACGCCAACGCGAUGCUCGAAGAGGCCGGGAGCAAGAAGCGCGUCGAACUCGAGGCUGUGUCCUGGCCAAUCCCCAACGUCUGGCUCGGGGUAUCCGCCGAGAAUCAGGACACCGCGACCUCGCGCAUCCCUGUCCUCCUCGAGCUCGAAGCGGCGGCGCGGUUUGUCUCGGCGGAGCCCUUGCUCGGUCCCAUCACCUUCGACGAGCUGAUACUCGAAGACGAGACCAUCCUCGAUGCGGCUCGCGGCGUGCGGCACUGGGAGAGCGGCGCGAAGCAGCGCGUGGACGCUCUGGACUGGAUCAUCGUCGGCGGGGAGAGCGGCCACGGGGCGCGCGCCAUGGAUCUGUCCUGGGUCGAGAGCAUCGUGGACCAGCUCGAGGACACCGAGGUCGCGUUGUUCGUGAAGCAGAUGGGCGGUGUCUGGGCCAAGGCUUCAGACACCUCGUCCUCGAAGGGCGGGGACAUGGAGGACUGGCCCGCGCAUCUGCGAGUGCGCCAGUUCCCAGGAGAAGAGAAAGAAGAAGAGGGGGAGGAGGCAAGCGAGGUCUCGGGAGCACAGGACUAUGGCCCAAGCGAAGAGACGCUCGAGGCACUCCAAGACGAGAUGAUUCGCGCGCGCAACAAGACGCCCACCAACUACAUGCUCCUCGAAGCGCUCCAGGAAGAGGUCGGCGAGCUCGCCACGGAUAUCCUCGGCAAGAAGGAUACGUUCCGCGCCGAGGCGCUCCAGGUCGCCUGUGUCGCCUUGAGGAUCUACGAGGAGGGGUGCAGCCCGCCGCUCAAGGGAGACAAGGGGCUCUACGCCAUCAUGGAGCUUAUCGGGAGGCUCGCGCAGUUCUCCGAGGAUUCGGGGGAGCAACACGAGGACUUCGAGAUCCUCUACGACAUCAUCAAGGCUCGCGUGGACUACCGCUGGGGUCCCGAUUUUCAGGGCGGCGCGUACGAUCUACACGAACAAACAAAUCGAAUCGACAUCUCAGAAUCAUGA